AUGGAUCCUCUGGGUGCUCGCUCCCAGUUCGUGGACAUCCAGACUCUCCCCACGUGGCAGCAGCAGCUGGGCGAGGAUGGCGAGGAGACGCCGCGGGACCACACGGACAGCCUGCUCAGCCAGCAGGCCUUCCCCUCGCCCUUCCCCUUCAGACCGGACAUCAACCGCAAGAUCAUCCUCUUUUGUGGUGACAUCGCUCUGCUGAACUGCACCGCCAUCGUGAACACCAGCAACGAGUCGCUCAACGACAAGAACCCGGUGUCCGACAGAGUCCACCAGCUGGCGGGACCCGAGCUGAGAGACGAGCUGCUCAAACUCAAAGGAUGUCGGACGGGCGAGGCGAAGCUGACCAAAGGCUUCAACCUGGCGGCGAGGUAUAUCGUCCACACGGUGGGACCAAAGUACAAAUCCAAGUACCGGACGGCGGCGGAGAGCUCGCUGUACAGCUGCUAUCGGAACACCAUGCAGCUGGCAGCAGAGCAGUCGAUGGCAUCUGUUGGCUUCUGUGUGGUGAACACGACCAAAAGAGGUUACCCACUGGCGGACGCAACACACAUCGCUUUCAGAACGGUGCGCCGGUUCCUGGAGAAUCAUGGAAACAGGCUGGAGGCCGUGGUGUUCGCAGUGUCAGACACAGAGGAGACGGUGUACAAGAAGCUGCUGCCUCUGUACUACCCUCGCUCUGAGGAAGAGGAGAAGACCUGCCUGCCUCUCAUCCCAGCCGACAUUGGCAACUCUGAGGGGGAACCCGUCGUCCCAGAGAGACAGAUCCGCAUCGCUGAGAAACCAGGAACCUUAGAAGAUGAUUCUGAAGAGGAGAGUCUGGAGUCAGAUCUGGGUCAGGUGGGGAAUCACGCUUUCGCCCGGAUGGAGGGCGACGUGGACAAACAGCGGAAACAGAUCCUGCAGGGCCAGAUGUCGGAGGCGGCCAUCCAGAAACAACACCAGAGGAAUUACAACCGCUGGCUGUGUCGGGCGAGAGCAGAGGAUCUGUCAGACGUCGCUGCACUGAAGGCCUUAUAUCAAACCGGUGUGGACAUGUGUGGAAGGACAGUGAUGGUUUUGGUUGGACGAAACAUCCCAGUGACCCUCAUCGACAUCGAAAAGGCGCUGCUGUACUUCAUCCACGUGAUGGACCACAUCACAGUGAAGGAAUAUGUGAUGGUUUACUUCCACACGCUGACCGGCGAGCACAACCACCUGGACUCCGACUUCCUCAAGAACGUCUACGACAUCGUCGACGCCAAGUUUAAAAAGAAUUUGAAGGCCUUCUACUUUGUACAUCCAACGUUUCGCUCCAAGGUCUCAACGUGGUUCUUCACCACCUUCAGCGUGUCGGGGACGAAGGACAAGGUCCGCUACCUGGACAACCUGCAGCAGCUCUUCACCUGCAUCAAACCGGAGCAGAUCGACAUCCCUCCGUUCGUCCUGGAGUACGACGCGCGGGUGAAUGGACCGUACCAUCGCUCCCAGUCCUCCAGUCUGUGACAGGAGACCAGUCGGACCUCCCCGCCGAGGUGACGUCAGCCCGUCAACUGGAAGCCGUUUCUGGACGUGGUGUUGCCCAUCGUGUGGCUCUGAACUCCUAACCUCCUCUUUAAGGCUCUGAACCGCCGCGGGGGAAACUCUCCUUUUCUGUUCCGUCUCCGCCAAAAGGACUAAAUUAACAGUCGCGGCCCACAUUUAGCAGCAUGUGGUCUGCUGAGCGGCCAUUCUCUCUCUCCCUCACCACAGACUCUAUUUGUGGAUCUGGUAACGGUUUCUGGAUUAUGCCUUACGACGAGAGUUCUUAUUCAGCAGUUUCCUCAAACAUCCCGAAAUAUGAAGUUCCGUGUGAAGCCUGACAGUUUGCUCUAAACGUUUUCCACCGUGUGGUCGCGUCGGACGUCCUCGCCCACGUCUCAGAUUAUUGUCAGACUUUUUUAAAUGCUGGAGUAACAUGACGUCCGUCUGUCUCAUUGUGUGCCGCACCGCGCUGCACGGAUAUAAAGACUCAAGACGGAAACUGGAAAUUCCCACCCGAUACGUUGCAGUCACAAUCGGAAAACCCCGGUUCUAUGUUAGCUAAGCUACGUAUCUAUGGAGUCACUUUUGUGUCUUUAUCAUCCGAUCAAACAGAAUAAAUUAAAGAGCUAAACUAAUGACACUACAGUCAGAAAAGUUUUAAUGCAAGUAAAAUAAAAU